GUGUAUCGUGAUAAUACAGCACGGACAGUGCAGGAAUUUACCAGUGACACACUUUCCUAUUGUCAGCAUCACAAGAAUGGGUUCACACCUGUCAGGUCGUUCCUGUAAAUCUCGCCCAUUUUUACUUCGUGUCAGUCGGUGGUUCACGGCUGGUAUUCGGAUGUGACAUUCAGGAAUGCAUAUGAAUAGAAUCUGCGAUAGCGAUUUACCAGGAACUCCUUCUUAAAAGAGGUGUUUGACACUAUUGGAGAUCACCGCAGUCCGCUCGACUGAGCAACCGGCGCUUGAACCCGAAGCAUCAGCCCCAGUGAUCAAAGAUGAGCAACCUUUCCUACAGCACGAGUAACAGCUCGGUUGACAACUGCACCAACGUGGAUGAUCUGGUGAAGCGCUACUAUCUGCCUGCCAUGUAUGGUACGAUUUUCAUCGUCGGCAUUGUGGGCAACAUCACCGCUCUGCUGGUCUACGCGGUCAAAGUUCGUCCAUGGAAGAGCAGCACCAUCAUCAUGGUGAACCUCGUCAUCACCGACCUCCUCUUCAUGACCUCCUUGCCCUUUUUAACCUACUACUACAGCCUCAACGACUCUUGGACGCUGGGCAUCACCAUGUGUCGCUUCGUACGCUUCAUCUACCACUUUAACCUCUACGGCAGCAUCCUCUUCCUCACCUGUCUGGCCAUCUUUCGAUACGUGGCGGUCGUGCAUCCGUCGCAAGCCCACAACAUCAAGCAGAAGCGCUGGGGAACGCUGGCCUGUGUCCUGGGUUGGGUCGUGGCGGUUGCAGAAAUAAGUCCAGUUUUUAAUCUCUUUGAAAUGAAGGAGCAGGACAACAAAACCUACUGCCUGGACCUCGCGAGCAAUGAUACAAAAUUCAUCUGGCCGUACAGUUGGGUGCUGUCCGUGCUCGGAUAUCUGGUUCCUCUAGUCGUGGUUUGUCUUUGCUAUUGGCGCAUCAUGAAGGUGCUAAAGAAUGGUCCUCAUAAGGAAAGCAGCAAGCGGGUUCGAGCGAGGCGGCUCAUCGUGUUAAUCCUGACGUGUUUCAUUGUGUGCUUUCUGCCUUUUCAUGUUCUACGGGCUUUGAGGAUCUACACGAGACUCUCUCCGGAUAACGACUGCAUGCUGGUCCACUGGGCUCACGCCGCUUAUAUCAUCUCCAGGCCGAUCGCUGUACUCAACAUCAUUUUCAACCUGCCGCUCUAUACGUUAUCGGGGGACUGUUUUCAGCAGGCCUUCGUAGAAAUGUUUAAAUGUGAUCGUCUCAUUUCGAAAACUAAAUGGAUGAUUAAAGCGGCUGUGAGCAACAAACCUACGACUGACAUCACGAGUGAUCGAAGCAGCUAAGACUCAUUCUGGUGAUUGAAAUGUACAGUAACUCUUAAAAAAACAAACAUACGGUAAACGAUGAGACAAAGCCAAAGCUACUGUAAAAGAGCAGUUAUAUGAAGCUCCACAAAAUGUUAUUUUUUAAAAAGUUAUAUGACUCCAUUUCAUGAUGACAGAAAUUACGUAAUUUACUCAAAUUGUUCCAGACCUGUACGAAUCUCUCUUUUUUUUUUGCUUAAUGUAGGGAUGCAGAAUAUUAUCAGACUAAUAUCGGAAUCAGCCGAUAAUGGUUUUAAAUGUAAGUACUGGUAUCGGCCUCAUAUGAAAAAUUAUGCCAAUAUGUCUUGUUGAUAAGAGGAAUGAAUUAACCCACAUGUUCCCAGAGUUCACAUCUGCAUUUAAUCUGUGGAGGCUCAUACAGAAUUAUGCACUCGUUAUGAGAUUAAACAGAGAUAGCCCGAUCGGAAGGAGUUGUAAUCUGUAAAGUAAUCUGUCUACUUCUAAUUAAAUUAAGAGUAAAAUAGCAUACACCCAUAAUAUUUAGACUGUGUUCUGAUUGAAUAAAAUAAAUGAUUCUACAAUAUAAUAAUUAUGCUUUCAUUUUCAAAGCUUCAAAGUACUUUCAAGAAACCUUCAUUAUUGUUUAUUUAAUUAUAACAAAUAACAAAAAUUUAUACAAAAAUUAUAACAAAAAUGUAUUUAGCUUGUAAUUUCUGCACCGGAGAAACUUAGUGCUGUUUCUAAAUAAGAAAUAAAUAUAUCGGUAUCGGCCAAAAUGAGUUAAAAAUUAUCGGAUAUUGGUAAAAUCCAAUAUCGUGCGUUCUAAGAAGCAAAAUUGGACCCUAUUCACUUGUUAUUGUUAAGUAAUAUUAAAACUGUAGAACUGUUAGAACUUUAAAAGAGCAAUACCUUUCAUUCAUUAAAUAAAGCUCAAAUAAAUAAAGCUAUUUCAUGAAAAUUAAAAUUAAAAUGACUAAACUGUAAAAACAGAUAUUUGUAUUUGGCCUUACAUUAUAUAAUUAAAGCUAAAUUAAAAUAAAUAAAUAACAAGGAAGAAGAAGAAAUUUGAUAGCAAUACUAUUUUAUAUUCUGUUAUAUCCGAUAUAUAUCUUAUUACUUGUUGCUAUUUUAUAAAACAAAAAAAUGCAAAUGCACAUGUAUUAUAAUCUUUUCCAUUAUUUAUGCACCAACCUGUUUAACCUAUAAUAUUAUCUCAAUGUGCACAGCCUAAAGUGGCUUUAUACACUGUAUAGUAUUGAAAAUGUUGUUGUGCCAAGGUCACGGGCUUGAUUCCUAAAAAUGCAUGAAUUAAUUAAACGUAGCCUACAUUCUGAAUGCAAUGCGAGUCGUUUGGAAUAAAAGUGCCUGUCAGAUGCAUAAAUAAAGGUCAAUUUUGUUAAAUGAA